AUGACUGAGCAGACAGCAACGUCCAGCGGUCACUGGACCAAAAGAGUCCAAGAAAUCGUGCUCUCGUUUUCGGCCGAUUCCGAUUGCCCUUUCGUAGUCGCCGGAGGUUCGGAAAACGCCGCUUUUCCGAUCGUCUCGUGUCUUCGCAACGACCUACUGAAGUACCUCAACGAAAAUGACCGCAUUUCGAACGGAUACAUUGUUCUGGAGGUUCAGGGCCGAAAGAUGGCCGGUCUGACAAGCUAUGAUGCCCAGAAAUGGUUGAGAAAUUGCUGCGUUCGCGGAGGACCAAUGGCGAUCAAGUUCGUCCGACCAGGUAACGAGAGUCACUGUAACAUAUUCAACAUUAUUUAUUGCGUAUCGUGCGUUGUCUCCCUCUCUGUCUGUGGCAAACUAACCUUUUUAGGUGACAGAUCCUUCUUCUCUCGUGUCUCCAACUGCACCAGGAACAUUGCUCUGGGGUCGGCUCUAAUCAUUUCUGUAAGCUAAAA